AAGACUGAUAUUGUGUUGUUCAUCCAGAUAAAGACAUGCUAACGGGAAUCCUUCUUUUGAUUUUGCUGCCUUCCAUGGUAGCACAGGAUCUCUGUAAAGAUGGCAAAGAAGGAUAUAAAGUCAGACUCAGCCUUAAGACGGCCCUAGGAGAUAAUGCUUACGAGUGGAAUGCAAGUGAGAUGUUUUUCUUCAGAUCAACUCUGGCGUUUUCUAUGAGGAAAUACUUUAAUGAAGAGACAUAUGACAUUUCAAACAUUCUGGUAUGCAAUGAGACACAAAGAGUGUCGUUUGUGUUUGUGGUGACAUCACCAGUGAAUCCAACCCAGCUGAUCCCUAAAGAGGAAGUGGAACGGGCAGUGAAGCUGAGUAAGCAUCGGAUCAACAAUGCGUUCCUGUUGUCGGACAUGACUCUGGAAUUUGUGGGAAUCCCACCGACGCUCGCAGCCCCGAUUACAUACUCCACUCCCCCCUGGCUCAUCGUGUUCGGGGUGGUGAUUGGGGUUGUGGCUGUGGGUAUUUUAUCUUUACUCAUGUCCUCGGUCACCAAACGGAGAAGAGAUAAAGAUAAGGGUGUUGGUCCUUGUGAAGAGGAAGAGGGAAGAGAAGCAAUGCCCAAAGAGAAUGGAACAGCACUUUCGAGCCUUGGAGUAAAAGAUGGCAUCUAUAAUCAAGGAUUCUCCAACGAUGAUCGCUUCACAAAGCUGUAGAACCUAUUGACUAUCACUUCACAACUCUAAAGUGCUUUAAACAUGAAAAAUGAAAAAUAUUCAUUUAUAUUGUUUGGAAUUUUUUUAUUUGAUUAUUUAUAUAUAAUAAUAAUAAUAAGUUUGAGUUGAAAGCAAAUACAGGAAAGAAAAUUGUGCUGAUUAAACCAUUUAAUGGGGUCUGUGGUUGAAAUGACAGCACUAAAGUGUAAACCAUUGCUUCUUUUCUCUAAAGUCUGAAUUGUGUUCUCAGGUGCCUGUUUACUCAGAAACAUAGUUUAAUGAAUUAUCAGAAAGAAUCAAUAAUCUAUGAACAAACCACAUGUUUUUAACUAGUAACAGUGUGUAAAAAAUUACCAUAUUGGGCAUUAGUGGUAAUAUCUGUGUCUCUUCAUAUAUAUCAUACUUCAACUGCUGUAAUAGAGCGCAACAGUGCUCUACCACUUUUUCAGCCGUCGUGGUUCCGGAAUUAUUUUCCCACUCAUUUUUCUAUAGGGAUUUAAUAAAAGCCUUCAUAAAAGAGUCCUAAGCCAUGAAUAAAACCAACCAGUUCCAAGGUGAAUCACAACCUCACAUUGUAAACCCUAAUGCUCAACAUAAUUAACUGUUUAAGUAGGGGAAAAUGAAAUCAUACUAAUUAGUUCAAAUAAAUAAACCUUGAUGAGUAUUUAGAACUUUCUCUUUCUUUUGAGUUCCCGAAACUGACACAUUUUAAGGAACCUGAACUGUUUUAUUGUUAUGAGUUGAAUGAACUUUUAACAUGGCACUCGACAGACAAAGUAAAUGUAAUGAAGUAUUUAAGUUGAGAUUACUUGUUAAUUUUAAGUUCAGCCAGAGUUAAAUUUAAUGUUAAGUGCCAUCAAAAUGUAUGCGUUAACUUACUCAAUAUUUCAAGUUAAGAACAAUUAACAUGCAUUUGUAGUAAAUUCUGAUAGUUCUAUCAGCUUUAACAGCGGAGUUCAUUAACUUAAAAAAAUUUUAUGUUACUGAUUGCCUCAAUUUUUUGGAGUUCUUAUUAGGGUUUAUAGUAAGAACUAAUUACACAUGCAAACACAACAAUGACUAAAGGUUUGCAUAGCAUGCAGACAUGAUCUUAGUCAUGAGAUUUCACAGAAUGAGUGCCAUUUGACUCAAUGAGUCUGCAUCAUUGAGUCUGUGUCAUUUACUUGGUGCCAUCUCCUGGUGGCCACAGGUAACAUCGGGAUUCGUGUAGAUUAUCUAAUGAUCUUUGCAUCCAAUUACCUUGUGCUGGGCUUCACUGAAAGAUAAUCACCUCCUCUAAGUAAUGCUAUGUGGUAUUUUAUUUUCCGUUUAUUUUUCGUGAAGUUAUAAGCGAAAACGUGGCAUAUAAGCAACACCAACAUAAUUGUCAAAGAAAUAUACAUAGCUAUUACCAUCUAUAUUUUUGUCUGUGAGUAAAACAAAUAGGCUGGUUGUAUUUUACUCUUUGAGAGCUUUCCAACAACAUAUGAUAUGACAUUUGAUGAAUCUGAUGUUUUUACAGAUUGCAAUAAAAUGUACAGUGUAAUUUUUUUAAAAUAAAUUCUAAUUGUUAUU